AUGCGGAGUGGGCGUGGUACCUCGCCGCGGGUAGCGCAUUUCGACGGCGAAGUUCCUCCCGCGCUUUCCCCUCUCGACGCAUUCGCCGCUCAAAGCCGAUUCUUGGCUCGACAACUCGAUGAAUCUCGACAAGGCGACCGCCGCAUGAGUCGGCUGCCACCGUCGAGUGUAGCUCGAUCGCUUUCGCAAGGCCGCCCGGGCUUCGGCCGUUCCAAGUCGUCAACUGAAUCCCGCACCGAACUGACCCGUCAACCCACGCAGAAGGGGCUCCCAGAGUAUGAAGAGCCCAAAUACCGCCCUGUCUCCGAACAUCCUCGGUUCAGCUCCGUUUCCAAUGCUAGCACCGAAGCCAGCUAUUAUGAAGAUGACGAUAAUGUGACACCUCGGUCAACGAUGCUUAGUACGAGUCCGCAGGCGUAUGGGAUGCCGCGCGCCGAGUCUCCAGAGGACGUCAUGUCGCACGCAAGUGGCACACAUGAUGGGUCUGUUGGUAUGGCGGUUGCUGAGCCGCAAGGUUCAUCGAUUGAUUCAUCAUCUUCUCGACUAGAUAUCCCACGCACCCUGGCACCGCCAGUGUCACCGCGGUCGCGCCCAUCCAGCAGUGCGAAGGUGGCACAUCCCGAGAGUUCCGACGAUGAUUAUAGCAGCUCCAAUGGUGGGUCGACGUUCUCAAAACCUCGCAAGCUGUCCUCUGGAAGUGCUGUGUCAUUGCCAUAUUCUCCCAUGUCAACAUACCCUGCUCGACCACACCCUCGAUCGCCAUCCGUGAGCUCGGAGACAUCCGGCACGGGAGCGAACCAACUACCCCGUCCUUCUUUUAAUUUUUCUCGACCACUGAGUCGCUCGAGUACGAGCUUGUCUGCUCCUGGAGCUUCGACGCCUACUGAAUCGAGUCUUGCCUCUUCCUCGAACAACAUGUACCGUCGUAGCAAGCCGACUCCGCUCGUUUUGCAACUUUCGAACGAAGAUGCCGCAGCAAUGGGAGACAUGGAUGGGGAGCCAUCGUCCGCUGUCUCGUCUUAUGUGUAUGCCAAGUAUGCGCUUCCGCGUGGACGUUUCCUUUCACGGGAUUCCGUGGUCUUUGCGGGCUUACAAACGCCUCAUUUCGAGUGGGAUGAGCCCUUAUUUGAGAAAACACCUCCCCGGAACGCAGAGGAGCCCCCGCGGAUGGCACGCACGCCAUCCCCCACACCUAAUCGACAAUUGGCACCGUCGCCGAAGCCUCACUCGAUGUACGAAAUUCCAGCUCCCAACCCUCAAACUCCAGGCCCGAAAUUACAACCCCAGUCUCCACCCCAAUCUCCACCUGAGCCUCAACCUCAAUCUCAGCUCCAACCUCAAACCCCCAAGUCUCAGCUAGUCCCCAAACCCCCGUCUGUGCGCGAGUCGCCAGUGGAGCCGGCACAACGGCCCUCUGCCGAGAGCACCCGACAGAUCAACGAGAAGGAUGAGACAGUCUCUUCUGCUGAUUCGGCCAGCACCGUGCGGCCUCAAACCGCCACUGCCCAGGUGACAGCUUCCGGUCUUACGGCCGACGACCACGUCGCCAAAGGCAUUGAGUGCCACGAGCGAGGAUCACUCAGCGAGUCGACGUAUCAUCUGCGGGUUGCCGCGAAACAGGACCAUCCGACGGGAAUGCUGCUUUAUGCGCUUGCCUGCCGACACGGGUGGGGCAUGCGGUCUAAUGAGAAGGAGGGUGUACGAUGGUUACGCAAGGCUGUGGAUUCCGUCGGAUUGGAAAUGUUAGCCAAUCCGGAUGGCCCUGGUGCCUCCAAGGCGAAGGAAUUACAAAAAGCAUAUCGAGCUCAAUUUGCUCUAAGCAUUUAUGAACUCGGCGUCAGUUACUUGAAUGGCUGGGGUAUUGAGCAGGACAAGUCUCUUGCCCUACGCUGUUUCGAGAUCGCUGGCCAAUGGGGCGACGUUGAUGCUAUGGCCGAAGCCGGAUUCUGCUACGCGGAGGGUGUUGGCUGUAAGAAGGACAUGAAGAAGGCGGCACGCUUUUACCGCCAAGCUGAGUCUAACGGUAUGAGUAUGGUUGGAAACAGCUGGAUCUACAAGGAUAAAUACAACGAAACCGAGGCUCCUUCUCGCUCCCGUGGCCGAAAUGCCGGUGGUGAGAAGGACAAAAAGCCGCGCAGCAAGUCCCGAACUCGCAGUAUCUUCCAACGCAAGAAGUCCGUACCCGAGUCAUAG